GUGGAAUCCCUCAACCAUCGCAGGUUUAAGCAGAAGUUCACAGCUGCGACGUAGAUAUUAUAUGGCAUUACACGGAUUACAGGUUAUGUUGUGAACGGCAGAAGAGAAAUGUAGCUAGUCAACAAGUAACUCGGGGAUACCCACAAGAGCCAUUAACCGGUUUGUUUUAUAUUGGAGGGGAAGACAUUUAAUCGAAAUCUCACGCUAUGUCUAAUGGCAGUUUACAGAAAGCCAUUGACUUGGCUAACAAGGCAUCAGAAGAAGACAAGGCAAAAAACUAUGAGGAAGCUCUUCGCUUGUAUCAGCAUUCAGUCCAGUAUUUUCUGCAUGUGGUGAAGUAUGAGGCUCAGGGUGAAAAGGCCAAACAGAGCAUUCGGGCAAAGUGUGCAGACUACCUGGACAGAGCGGAACAGCUGAAGGAGUACCUGAAGAAGAAGGAGAAAGCCCCACCCGCCAAGCCUGUCAAAGUGAACGACGACAAGGGGAAUGACGGCGAUGAUGGGGAUAGUUCAGAGAAGAAGAAAUUACAAAAUCAACUUCAAGGGGCCAUUGUCAUGGAGAAGCCCAAUAUUAAGUGGGAUGAUGUUGCUGGCUUGGAAGGAGCCAAAGAGGCACUGAAAGAGGCAGUCAUUCUACCAAUCAAAUUUCCCCACCUUUUCACAGGAAAGAGAACCCCAUGGAGAGGAAUCCUGCUUUUUGGUCCUCCAGGCACAGGGAAGUCCUACCUGGCUAAAGCAGUGGCCACUGAAGCCAAUAACUCCACCUUCUUCUCCAUCUCAUCCUCUGACCUGGUGUCCAAGUGGCUGGGAGAGAGUGAGAAGCUGGUGAAAAACCUGUUUAGCAUGGCACGGCAGCACAAACCCUCCAUCAUCUUCAUCGAUGAGAUCGAUUCGCUGUGUGGCUCUAGGAGCGAGAAUGAGAGUGAAGCAGCCCGCAGGAUCAAGACGGAGUUCCUAGUCCAGAUGCAAGGUGUUGGAAAUGAUAAUGAGGGAAUUCUGGUGCUUGGAGCAACUAAUAUCCCUUGGUCUUUGGAUUCUGCUAUCAGAAGAAGGUUUGAGAAGCGCAUCUAUAUCCCACUCCCCGAAGAUCAUGCUCGCUCGUUCAUGUUCAAGCUCCACCUCGGCUCCACCCCCAAUAGUCUCACUGACAGUGACUUCAGUACCCUGGGACAGAAAUCUGAGGGUUACUCAGGUGCAGACAUCAGCGUCAUCGUCAGGGAUGCUCUGAUGCAGCCCAUCCGCAAAGUCCAGUCGGCAACGCACUUUAAAAAGGUCAGAGGAAAGCCAUGGAACGGCCCUGAUGUAGAUGACCUUUUGACUCCUUGCUCUCCGAAUGAUCCUAACGCGAUUGAGAUGACCUGGGUAGAUGUGGCAGGUGACAAACUGCUGGAGCCUGUUGUCAGCAUGGCGGACAUGCUUGGGUCUCUGGAGAAGAUGAAGCCCACUGUGAAUGAGGAAGACUUGAAAAAACUUAAGAAGUUUACUGAGGACUUUGGCCAGGAGGGCUAACUGCACCAAGGCACUACCGCUACAAAACCAAAUCAGCAUAAACCUCCUUUUAAUCUUUUAAAAAAUUCUUUCUACUGAUAACAGUAAGCUGGAUACUUUUGUAAUCACUUCUGGGGCAUCUAAUGUACAUUAUGCAAAUUAAAAAAUCCCUCCCCUUUCUAACACGUAUACAGUGUUCUGAUGUACUGAGGUGUGAGGUGUUUUAAUGAACAGAGACUAUUUAUUGAAUAAUGUUACACCUGAGUAUUCUGCUCUUUAUUUUAGACGUACUAUGACAGUGCCUAUUUGACAAUGAUUCAUGUGCAUCUUUCAUACUGCGUUGUCCUGUGGUUGUUUACGUUCUCAUACAGACAUUUUAGAUUUUUUAAAACCAGUGUCUUUUUUUUUUUUUGUAACUUCUGUGAUGGUUUUCCAUUUGUUAUUCUAAGGCAGACUAAGUACAGUUUGUCAUCUCUCAUUAUACUGAUAUUGUUCAUCAGUGCUAUAAACAGUACCAAAUGUUUAA